AUGCGUCCCCUUACGGAAAAGGAGACCGAGACCCUCUUCAACAAGCUGGCUAGCUACAUGGGCAGCUCGCUCAAGAACCUCAUCGCCCCGCUCGACAACGGCCCCGAGCCGGACCGCUACGUCUUCCGCAUGAUCCGCGACCGCGUGUACUACGUGCGCCUCUCCGUCGCCAAUCUGGCAACCAGCAUCGCCCGCGAGAAGCUUCUCAGCAUCGGCAUCUGCUUGGGCAAGUUCACAAAGACCGGCAAGUUCCGUCUGCACGUCACCGCGCUUCCGGUUCUCAGCGAGCACGCAAGAUACAAGAUCUGGGUCAAGCCCAAUGGAGAGAUGCCCUUCCUGUAUGGUGGCAACAUCGUCAAGGCCCACGUCGGCCGCUGGUCCGAAGACUGUCCGGAACACCAGGGCGUCAUCGUCUUCUCCAUGGACGACAAGCCCCUCGGCUUCGGCGUCACCGCCCGCUCGACGGCCGAGGCGCGCCGUCUCGACCCCACUGGUGUUGUGUGCUUCAGGCAAUCCGACUGCGGCGAGUACCUGCGCGACGAAGAUACCCUCUUUGCCGGUUAA